GCUCAGUUGUGAGAGAGCAACACGCGGAAUCUUCAAACUAUUUUGUAAACAAAGUGGUUCAGCGGAAUUUAAUUUAAAUUUUGUAGGUGCAUAAAAUCUAGUUAAAAUGGCAAACGUUCUGUUAAGUGAGGCGGAAAAGACUUAUAUUCUGCAUGGAAUUCAAAAAGGUUACCGCAACGACGGCCGCACGAACCGGGACUACCGCCCGAUGGAGCUGGAAACGGACGUCGUCGUUCACGCGAUGGGCUCGGCCCGUCUUCGCCUUGCCAACACCGACAUCCUGGUCGCGAUCAAAGCCGACAUCGACGUACCAAGCCCGGACCGCCCAAAGGAGGGCAAAAUCGAAUUCUUCGUCGAUUGUUCCGCCAACGCCACUCCCGAUUUCGAGGGACGCGGCGGCGAAGAGCUGGCCACCGAGAUUUCCAACACCCUCUCGAAGGCGUACCUCUCGCAGCAGGCCUUCGACCUGAGUCCGCUUUGCAUCCUCGCUAAACACCAGUGCUGGAAGCUGUACGCGGACAUUCUCAUCCUGGAGUGCGGCGGAAACCUGUUCGACGCCGUCUCGUUGGCCGUGAAGGCCGCCCUGUACAACACCAAGCUGCCGCGGGUAUCCUCCGCCGAGCUGGACGGUGGAGCGAUGGACAUCAUCCUAACCGACGAUCCGUACGAUUGCGAACGGUUGACCAUCCAGACGGUUCCGCUGCUGGUGACCGUGUGCAAGAUCGGCGACCACUGCGUAGUGGAUCCGUCGGCCGAGGAAGAAGAGUGCAGCACCAUCAGCGUGGUCAUCGGAGUGUCAUACAAGAGCGAUGGCAGUGGGGACAUUACGUCGAUACGAACGUCCGGCGAUGGGUCGUUCCACGCGGACACGCUCACCAAGAGUUUGGAGCUGGGCGUCAGUGCGGGGGCCUAUCUGGACAAGGCACUGAUGGAGGCGCUGCGGUCCGACGAGGAAAAGAACACGAAACCGUUAGGCGAGAAGGAAAUCUUUGGAUUUUUGAAAUAAACGUUGAAAUGAACC